AUGGUUGCGCUUGCCAGCUUCUUCUCACCACUGUCCGCCAACAUCUACUUCCCGGCUCUCAACACCCUGGCAGCGGAUUUCGGGACUUCAGAAAGCGUCAUGAAUCUCACGCUAACCACCUACAUGAUCUUCCAAGGCCUGGCUCCGACCAUCUUCGGUGACCUUGCGGACAUGGCAGGACGUCGACCAGCGUACAUUAUUGGAUUUGCCAUUUACAUUGGCGCUUGCAUCGGCAUUGCAUGUUGCAACUCUUUCCCAGCACUGCUGAUCCUACGAAUGGUCCAAUCAAGCGGCUCAUCAAGUACCAUCGCCCUGGGCUCCGGUGUUGUCGCAGAUAUCGCCACCAGCGCCGAACGAGGAGUCUGGAUGGGCUGGGCCACAUCAGGACCCAUGGUCGCCCCAGCAAUCGCCCCGGUCCUGGGCGGCAUCUUCGCCCAAUUCCUCGGCUGGCGCUGGAUCUUCUGGUUCCUCGUAAUCUGCGCCGGCACCUUCAUCGUCCCCUUCGUCCUCACCUUCCCAGAAACAGGCCGCAACGUCGUCGGCAACGGCUCCAUCCCCCCACAAGGCUGGAACAUGUCCCUCAUCAACUACAUCCAACUCCGCCGCCAACGCACCCUCUCCCACCCCUCCCCCCUCGAACGCACCUCCUCCACCCAAACGAGCCUCAAACCCCACCGCCGCCUCCGCAUCCCCAACCCCCUGCACGCCCUCACCGUCCUCCUCGAAAAAGACGUCUCCCUCCUCCUCUUCUACAACUCCAUCAUCUACUGCGCCUUCUACGACAUCAUGGCCUCGGCCCCCUCCCUCCUCGCCGAAAUCUACCACUUCAACGCCCUCCAAAUCGGCCUCUGCUUCCUCCCCAUGGGCACCGGCUGCCUGCUCGCCCCCGUCCUCACCGGCAAACUCCUAGACCACAACUUCCACCGCCUCGCCCACCGCCACAAAAUCCCCAUUCGCGCAGGAAAACCCACCGACCUUCAAAACUACCCCUUGGAAAAAUCCCGCAUCCAAAUCGUCGCCCCCUUCGUCCUCCUCCUCGACCUCGUCCUGCUCUCCUACGGCUGGGUCCUGCACUUCGAAACCCCCCUCGCGGCGCCCCUCGUGCUCAUGUUCCUGGCGGGCUUCGCGAGCACGGCGGCGUUUAAUGCGAUGAGCGUGUUGUUGGUGGACUUACACCCUCUGGCGCCCGCGACGGCGACGGCGGCGAAUAAUCUGGUGAGGUGUUUGAUGGGGGCGGGGGCGACGGGCGUGGUGAUUUAUAUGGUGGAGGCGAUGGGGAGGGGGUUGUGUUUUACGUUUGUUGCCGGGGUGGUGGGGGUUUUUAGUCCGAUACUUUGGGUGCUGGAGAGGUGGGCGCCGGGGUGGAGGGAGGAGAGGAGGAGGAGGGUGGAGGUUGAGGUCGAGAAGGCGAGGGGUUUGGUUCGUGGUGGUGGGGAGAGCGUAGAUAGGGAGAGGAAGAUAUGA